AUGAAUGUCUUCUUACUCGGCCACAUCUACCUUCAACUCGGUCAAAUCCUGGAGGUCCGGUUACCACACAUCGGUCUUACAGUCUACCUCUACCGCUUCGCAAGGGACCUCGACUUCGGCUACGAGCAGACUCAUGUCACUCACAACGCUCUCCGUAUCAGUCAAUGUAUGUCACGCGAUUGGAUGGUCUAAGGCUGUUGGCCAUUGGGUAUUUGUAGCGCCGCAUUGAUCCUCGCAGCCCGCAUGAUCAAUUUCUGCCUUUCUGUUAAGGAGGUGGUUUACGUCGUUAAGGUAGCAGACUUGACUAUCCAGAAGCGGCUGGAUGAAUUGAAGAAUACUAAGGGCCGAGAGUUGAGCGUUGAAGAAUUUAGAAAUAUACGGUUGGAGCAAGCGCACGGCCCACUCUGAUGUAGACCGAAAGCCUCCAAGAAGCGCAAGCAGGUCCGGAAUGUUAAUGAUGAUGGAGAGGACAUCGAGGAUCGCCAAAAUAUCACUAUUGUCGCUGCUUCCAUAUAUUCAAGUGCCGCUCCCAGCGCCUCAACACUGCUUAGACUUCUAGAUAAACACCGCAGGCUGGACUCGGAAAGCCUUGUAACCCCAGAACUCCCCGUCCCUUGGCCGCUCCCGAUCUCCUCACUUCCCAUAACACCAAUCGACAUCAUGGACGACCACACACCACAAGGUGUCGAAAAGCCGCAAGUUGGCCAACACUCUGCCAUCGCAGAGGAAGUAAUCGAAUCCGAGUUCGCCUCUCAACUAGAUGGCUCCGCGGCAUUGAUAAAGGAAGAGCUCCAAGAGACCGACCUUCCAAGUGAGCGAAAAUUACGCUGGCUGUACCAUAUCAGAUGUCCCAAACAACCUCGAUGGUGUCGGUGAUGACUUUGAAGUCCAGAACGCCCUGCUCACCGCAAAGGGAUGUGAUCUGAAGGAGAAGAUUCGGCUCGAGCUUAACAAGUACUACUUGCGUGAACAAGAGUACAAGGUCUUCCCUUUCUUUCCUGGCUUUUUUGAAUCUCCCCUCCCCUCCCAAGGAGUCCCAUAGUAUGGCUAACAUGGAUAUUAUAGUAAAACGCCUAAAGAGGGAAACUGACCUCCGCAACCGUAUCAUCUAGACUGCCAAAAAGCGCAAGAGGAAUCAACCCCGCGCCAGCAACAGCAAGGAAAAAAAAUGGGUGCUACCGCUGCUGACAGUGUGAAGAACCGGCCCAUGUGCAGGAGUUGUUGCAAGAAGAUCUAUUAUAAAGGGAUCGAGGGGCUU